AUGUCACACGAUAAUGUUUGCGAUGUUGACGAUGUCGGUGAAGAGUUGUUGGAGUUAUUUUCACCAAACCAAGAUUACGUUAAUGAAUCAUACAAUCAGAACCCUCUUGAAUAUAAUUUCGUUCAAGAAGAAAAACAUGCCAUGAAUCGUGUUACAAAAGGAGAAGAUGAAGGUUAUCAUGUCUCCAAAACCUUUACGGAAGAAUGGAUUGAUACAGAUGGUACAAACGAAUGCUUGGUCAAGGUGCUUUCCGAGAUCAGUGAUCUAGAUCCUGUCACGUGCAAUAAUCUCGAGAACGUCUUUACGAUUGAUUUGACAUUAGAAGAGCCCAGGUUUCCAAAAAACAUGCAAUUGGAGAACAAUGAUCAAAAUCCCAUCAUCAAAUCGUUACCGUCUAAAUUUACUCGUUUCAACGAGCCUGAACCAUUUCUAGAUGUCCAAACGGAGGAUUUCUGCAUAUCACGUGAGCAUCUUGCCAUAUUGCAAGAAUUGGAACAAAAGGAUGAAACAAUCUCCCUUGAAGGAUUACGAUCGAAUGAUAAAUGCCUAGAAGAACCUCGCUUGCCUAUAAAAGAAACUAUAAUUUGUGUGCAAGAUGCCCCGAACUCGAUUUCGGAAAAUGUGUCCUUAGUUCGGCAGGAGAUCAAACCAUCCAUAUUAACGGACAAGACAAUUUCGGUUAUCGAAGAAACUGGUGUUAGAGCACCAUUAGAGAUAUUGGACGAUUGGGAGGGCGUGAGUAGUACUAACGUUUUGGAUGAAUCAAUGGGCGAUGAUUCUAAAGAGGAUGAAGUGAUUCCCGACGUUCCUACUAUAUCACGGCUAGAACCUAUAUCCAUAUCUGUAAAACAUGAUCACUUAAAAGAAGUGCAUCGAAGAAAGCGUCGGCAACAAGAAACUUCAUCAGCAAAUGAUGAUGAUGCCAUCAUGACUGAUCACGUCUUUCCUGAAAAUAAAGUGCAAACUCCACCCGAACAAGUUGAAUACGAAAAUCUUCAGAAAGAUCUCGAUAAUUUUACUCAUGUUGAACUCGGUGACAAAUGGCCAAUGGUUGCGAGGAUGAAAUCUAUGGAUGUAUCAGAACCUGCCAGGUCUGGCAACAAAUGCGUGAAUUUCUCACGCAUUACGAAUUUUCUCAUAAAAUCUGAUAUAUCAACAUGCGAUUUUGGACUUCAUUGGAAUCCAUUCAAAAACGCUGCUAACUUAGGAAUCCUCCAAAUCGUUGUUUUAGACCACACUCCACAUAAUGAUGAUUUGACGAAGAUAAUUCAAGAAGGAAGUGCUUGCCUUAAUUCGGACAAUUUUCUGGCAUUAAUUGACGUUAAAAGUACCAAUAAAGACAAUGAAAUUCAUUUAAGAUCAAGGAAAGAAAAAAAGAGGGGCGAAGCGACUAGGCGAUCAAAUAUCAAAAAGAGUGGUUUGGCCGUUGCCGCGCCACGAGACAAACCUGCUACUUCUUCGGACAUCUCAAUGUUAUUUUCCAUUGGUGCGUACGAUAAUCAUUCAUUAAGUUAUUCAAGAAGGACGGAUACUCCUAGUAAGAGCUCGAAUCAAAAGAAAAGAUCUGUCAAACAAAAUGUAUCUGCCAGAAUUCAACCGUUAUUACGUCAACCUACUGCUAGAUCUAGAAAUGUUGAUAAUCCAAUUCCAGAUAUUAAGAGUUGGAUUAGGAUUGGAAAUGAAAAUGCAAAGGCUCCAUUAACAGAACGCAUCAAUGAUUCUAUUUCCAAUUUGUUUAGGCAAGAUCGUGUUACUCAAUGGCUUUCAGAUCAAAGGAACAAAAAUGAUGAUGAGAACUUUGAUGAUAUUGAAGUGGUCGAUUUAACUCUGGAUGCAGAAUUGCCAGCACUAGAGAUUCCAACACCAGAAAUUCUAGCACCAGAGAUUCCAGAACCAGUGAUUCCAGCUGUACUUUAUUCUUCUGAGACGACAUUUCUAGCACCAGAGAUUCCAGCAUUACAUAAUUCUUCUGAGACGACAUUUCUAGCACCAGAGAUUCCAGCAACAGUGAUUCCAGCAGCACAUCAUUCUACGACAUCUCCGUUUUUUAAUGAAAAUUCUACGCCUCCUAAUGAACAAUACCUUUUCGAUACAACGCUUUUUUCGAAUUCAUUUUCUGCAACUAGAUCAAUUGAUGAUUUCUUGCUAUUACGAGGAACAUUACAACCAGGAAGACGACGCGAAGGUGGCAAGGCUCCAAGCGCAACUAGUUCACACAAUAGAAUCGCAAGAAAAAUCGUUACACCAGAUAUCACGACCUCAACAAAUUCUCACGUGAAACCCGUUACGAAUCAAAACGUGUCGAUUUUAAACAAGAAUUCCUUUGUUUCCAUUAGCAAGGCUAUACUUGAACGGCUUCCAAAACCCACCGUCUCUUACAAAUAUAUUGCUUCGGCACGCAUAUUGCCAAAUCGUGGACUCCUGACAGCAUUGAAGAGUAGAAAUUGCAAAAUAGAGCUUAUCGAAAGAGAUUUCGAGUACAUGAGGCCACUCUUGUCGGAAAGAGAAUCAGAUGCGAUUCAUGUAGACGUCGAUAUCAUCAUAGACGAACGAACCGGAGCUAUAUUUUAUCCACUAAACAUGCUUGCUCAAAGUCAGACGGUUUCAAAGCUUGUGCAAACCGUAAACCGCCUUCGUUUGAAGUAUACGAAUUUGUACUUGAUUUUAGAAGCAUACACCUGGAAUAAUCGGCCUGCAAGUAGCAAUACGGAGUACAUUAUAACCACAUAUCCUUUCACCUUACCGAUAUUAAGGGCGACUUCCGAGUUGCAAACGAUAUUGAUGUGCAGUAAUUGUGAUGAUGUGAAAAUAAUGUUUUCCUUGUGCGAAGAAAUGUCCGCCAAAUUGUUGAGAAUGAUUGGCAAUCGUUGCGCAAUACAGUGUGAUGAGCAGGGUAUCAUCAUCAAACGUGGAUGGAAGAAUCAAAAGCAUUGGGAGUCGAGAGAUUGGAUGGCCAUAGAAGAAAGUUUGCAUGAAAGGUUUUUGUCAUGUUUCACCCCUUUCGUUAAUCCAUUUACGGCGCAAAUAAUUUUGACGGCCACUACUUUAUUACAAUUUUUUCAAAUGUCUCAUGCGGAGCGCUACGAUUUGGUUGGUGGAUGGAUUGGUGGAACGCGAUUGGAGAUGUUUGAUGAAAUCAUUCAUGAACCUCUUUCAGGUAAUGCCAAUGAAAAUUAA